GUAACGGUGCUAUUUAUUCCUAUAUGUGUUUUGUGUUCAGGAAGAUAAAAGAUAAAUCUAUGUAAUAUGUCUAUAAUGGAUGAAUCGUUUCCAGCCGAUCUGUUCGACCAGCUUAACAGCGACGGCGCCAGCACCCCACGCCAGAUGCAGGACAUCAAGAGGCCAAAGAUCUUUGGGAAUAAAGAGUUUGUGGAAUCCAACCAGAAGCAGCAGGGCCACAACACCCUCCCGGAGUGCGUACCGCCCAGCGACGCCACGCAGUCGAAAGCUGAGGAUCGAAGGAAGCGCUUCUCUCACUCGGCAUACACCAAGCGGCGCUACAAACAUGUGACUAGCAAGGUGGCAAAGUACAUUACGGACAUAGAAGCCCAGGACGAGAAGAGUCGCAGGGCAAAGGAAAACCUGCUGCGCAAUAAUUCUAUGCCGGAGUACCAAGCAGAGCCGAGUGACGCCAAGGAGCGCGGGCACUUCAGCGUGGACGAGCUCUUUGCCGUGGACCUGUCAGUGGCUAACGACAGCGCGAACAUCUGCGAGCGCCUUAUUAGCGAGAUUGAGCGCCAUCGUAAAGAGAUUGUCCGCCUUCAGGAAGAGAACUUGCGAGUGCAGUCCUACAGCGACUAUCUGCAAACCAAGCUGGACGAGAAGGCAAUGCAGACACUUAUAAUGAAGCGAAAUUUGGAGACCAUUCGGAUCGAAAUGGAAUGCUACAGGCAUAAGCUAAGGAAGUAUGAGAGCGCCUAGCUGCGCUCCAUUAAUAUCAUAUUUUUAAUUGUCUUAUAUUGUUUAAUUAUGUUUUAUGUACUUUAUUUAUUUUGUCUUGAGAGUAAGUGUGUACCGUGAUUUAGGGCAAUGUUUUAAAUAAAUUAUAAUCAACGCGGUUGGGCUGGGUUCA